AUAAAGAUCUAUGGAAGUAAUCGAAGUCUUGGUAGCAGCAGUUGCGUCAGCACCGGAUUUAGACGGCAGCGAUUUCGACAUGAUUGUGGUCGUGGUGGUAGCGGUAGAGGUGGAGUUCGAAGCCGAAUCGACGUCCAUUGGCGCUGUUGCUGUUGGUGCUGGGGGUGCGGCGGGGACCAGGAGUUCUCCGGGCAUAGCGAAAAGUCGGCGGAGACGAGCCCGCGUGUGGUGAUAGGAAAGUAUCUGAUUGGAUUUCGGGAGUGUUUGCAGGAUGUGAUGCUAUGCUGUCUGUGCUGGCAAGCGGUGUGUGGUGUGUGGUGUGGUGGUGGUGGUGCGGAAAGGACACAAACGGUGUGCGUGGGGAUGUCUGUCAGUGUGUGUGGGAUUAUGAAGCCAUAGGAGAGAGCGAAGAGCGAAAGCGAGGGUGGGUUGCGAGAGUGUGCGUAGGUGUGGGUAUGCGAUGUGUAUCUCGGGAUAUCUCUUGGAAGGAGAGCGUGUGUGUUUUUCGCGGGGUCGGUCGUCGGUCCGUCGAACGAAUUUGGGUGAGAGGCGACGACGCGGCAGCGUUGAGUUCUGGUGUGGUCUGUGGAAGCCUGAGCAGCCGCCAAGCCGAAACCGACGAACCGUCCGGAGCACUCCUCCCCUCACCACCCUCACCACCCUCACUCGCAAAACAAUCAGUCAUCUCAAUGUACCCUCCGAGUGAGCAUAGGGGGCGGCGGUACUGCUCUCUGGCCACUCGAGCCCGUGCAAUUGGACACCGCGUGAUUGUAGGCUCGAGAGUCCCCGUCCCAGCAACCAACCGAGUCCCGACGUUCCCUAGGAGCCCCAUACGCUAGAGUAAAUGGAUGCCAGGCACUCGCACGGGUAGCGACUGGCAGGACAUCAUCAUACGUGCGGACCGCCACCGUCGCAAACAUGCCGAUCACGAUUCGAAGUCCGCCAGUACCAUGGCAAGUCGUCGAGGAGUCAUGUCCGAUCACUCGCACGCAUGCCGCGUAGACAAUCAUGCCGUAUUCCGACAGCAAAAAAGAAAGGUAGGUGCGAUAGCGAUCCCCGGGCCAGCGGUUAC